AGCAUCAGCAGCGCCUGUUGAUGGCAAAUAUGCGUCGCGCCUCGUCGUCACGAAGCACCACCGUAAGCUGCGAGGCUGAGAUAGUGCAAGCGUGUGCCCUAUAAGCGAGAGGAAGUCGAUGAGACCGCACUGACGGAAGAGGAGAGGUGGGCUCUUCAAACGACGAGCCGUGGAGCUGUGCGCCGGUGCGGGCAUCGACGGACUUCACAUCACUUGCCUGCCUGAUCCCCCUAACGUUUGAUCGCGCCCCCACCCCCGUCUCUCUCUCUUUCUCUCUCUCUCUCACCAUGAGGUCCAAGCGGAGGAUGCCUGCUCUGUUUGAUAUUCCAACCGAGAGAGCGCAGCGAGCGAGCGCGUAAAGAAGAAGAAGAAGAUCGGACACCGUCGGAGCGCUCGUUCAUAUUUUAGGACAAACCCUCCGGCGCUUUUUGUUGUUGUUGUUGUUGUUUUCCCAGGGCCUCAGCGCUGCACGCAUCCUACCUUGGAUUAUCAUCAGCUUGAACAUAUGGGCAAGAGAGAGGACACAACGGUGCGUUCACUUUUGAAGCAACGCACGGGGUCUUGACGCUAUUGCGUUACGCAUCUGUUUCCCAGUGAGUCUCUCCCUUUUCGCCCCCCAUCCACGUCCACGUCCCCGUUGAAAAUUGGCUUCUCUGCAGCAUUUCUUUCGCCUCAGAAAAGUCACAUAUCGGUGGGGGAGAGGAGAAAAAAAAAGGAAAACAGAGCGGGGUGUGUUGUAGUCUGAGAGGAACGAGAGGAGGAGGAGGAGGUGGUGGUGGUGGUGGAGGAAGGGGGGGUGUGCAGAAUGAGGUGUGUUUUCUCUCUUUUUGGGAAAAGCCGGAGAAAGACGGGAGAAGGUGUCUAAGCCCGCGUCCCUGCGAGAGCCUGCGUCGCGCUGCCCUCCCGAGAAAUAACAGCGAUCUGAGGAGAAAUGGCCUAGUUGAAAGAAAGAAUAGAAACCCAAAAGAUCAGAGGACGGAAGAAGAAUCGUGCCGCGGAUGGACGAGCCAGCCAGCGUCAUCGAGAUCAUCCUAAAACCCCGGCGCUCGCGUCUCCUCUCUAAGGUUUAAUUGGUGUCCUGACUGCAACGCUGGACUUAGUUUGAAAGAGCAAGACGGAUGACCCCACAGCGUCUAACUGAGAAUGCUCCCCGUCCCAUCACCUCCUCAUGUCUCCAUAGAAACGCCUUUUACUGCCCCCCUUCCACAUCUCCUCCUUUUGCCUUUGUCAUUUCCCUAUAACCCCCUGGGCCUUUGAUCUCCCCUCUAUCCUAGCCACAGUCCCUGUGAUCUGAGUCCAAUAGUUUUAUUUUGGAAAUGUUCAUUUUUCCGUUCAAUGCUGCCAGCCACCACGGCUACAGGGGGAAGCGUCUGAACUCUUCUCAACAGGCCCCCAAACCCUGUCUAAUGUGGCUCCUGGGAAUAGUGCUGCACCUGACUCUCUCUUCCUCUCAGCGUAUCGACCUGAAACAUCCCGUAGUUUCUACCAGCUACGGAAAGGUCCGCGGCGUCAGGAAGGAGCUGAACAAUGAGAUCUUGGGCCCAGUGGAACAGUUCUUAGGCGUGCCGUACGCCACCGCACCCAUCGGCGAGCGGCGCUUCCAGCCGCCAGAGGCCCCGGGCUCCUGGCAGGAGAUACGCAACGCCACCCAGUUUGCGCCUGUGUGCCCCCAGAAUGUGCACGGCAUUUUACCCGAGAUUAUGCUGCCGGUGUGGUUCACGGACAACCUGGAUGCCGCAGCGACCUACGUCCAGAACCAGAGCGAGGACUGCCUUUACCUCAACAUUUACGUGCCCACUGAAGACGGUCCCCUCACAAAAAAACAAGAUGAGUCCACCAUGAACAGACCAAGGGAUGAAGAUAUUCGAGAUCGUCGAAAGAAACCAGUCAUGCUCUUUAUCCACGGAGGCUCCUACAUGGAGGGUUCAGGGAACAUGUUUGAUGGGAGCGUCCUUGCUGCCUACGGAAACGUGAUUGUUGUCACCAUGAACUAUCGCAUUGGUGUGCUUGGAUUUCUGAGCACAGCGGACCAAUCUGCAAAGGGGAACUAUGGUUUGUUGGACCAGAUCCAGGCUCUGCGCUGGCUCAACGAAAACAUUGGCCACUUUGGAGGAGACCCAGAGAGAAUCACAAUCUUUGGUUCCGGAGCUGGUGCUGCCUGUGUGAACCUCCUCAUUCUCUCCCAUCAUUCUGAGGGCCUGUUCCAGAGGGCCAUCGCUCAAAGUGGCUCAGCCAUCUCCAGCUGGUCGAUCAGCUACCGACCUGUGACACACACCAAGAUUCUGGCCAAGAAGGUGGGCUGCACUCUGGACAACAUGGCUGAACUGGUGGACUGUCUGCGACGGAAGAGUUUCCGGGAGCUUGUGGACCAAGACAUUCAGCCGGCCCGCUACCACAUCGCCUUCGGGCCUGUGGUGGAUGGAGACGUGGUGCCGGACGACCCGGGGACUCUCAUGCAGCAGGGCGAGUUCCUCAACUAUGACAUACUGCUAGGCGUCAACCAGGGAGAAGGCCUGAAGUUUGUGGAUGACAGUGAAGGAGAAGACGGGAUAUCGGCGGCUUCGUUUGACUACACGAUUUCAAACUUUGUGGAGAAUCUGUAUGAAAACCCUCCGGGUAAAGAUAUCCUAAGGGAAACCAUAAAGUUCAUGUACACAGACUGGGCUGACAGGGACAACAGUGACAUGCGCAGGAAGACCCUCUUGGCUCUGUUCACAGACCACCAGUGGGUGGCCCCAGCUGUUGCCACGGCCAAACUGCACGCAGAGUUCCAGUCUCACGUCUACUUCUACACCUUCCACCAUCACUGUCAGACGGAGGCACGGCCGGACUGGGCAGACGCCGCCCACGGAGAUGAGAUCCCGUAUGUGUUUGGGAUUCCCAUGGUGGGAGCCACCGACCUUUUUCCGUGUAACUUCUCCAAGAACGAUGUAAUGCUCAGUGCCGUGGUCAUGACCUACUGGACCAACUUUGCAAAGACGGGGGAUCCGAAUCUACCUGUUCCUCAGGACACAACAUUCAUUCACACCAAGCCUAACCGUUUCGAGGAGGUCAUCUGGACCAAAUUCAGCUCCAAAGAUAAGCAGUACCUGCAUAUUGGCCUAAAGCCACGCGUCAGAGAUAACUACCGUGCCAACAAGGUCGCUUUUUGGCUCGAGCUCGUGCCUCACAUCAUCAUCCCGGAGCUAAGACCGGUAGAGCCCACAACUCCGAAGGACAUUCCCUCCGGCCGCGACACCAACACACAACACGUAAUACAGACCGACACGUCGGAACCUGACCCCGACAGCUCAGAGAGACCCCCUUCCUUUCCCUUCCCACGCGAGACGAGGGACUACUCCACCGAGCUGAGCGUGACUGUGGCAGUCGGCGCCUCUCUUCUUUUCCUGAAUGUGCUGGCCUUCACGGCACUUUACUACAAACGGGAUAAGCGCCACGAACUAAUGCAGCGGCGUCACCGCCGGCUCUCCCCACAAAGAGGCACAACGAUGGGCAUGGGCGUCGGCAUGGGAGUUGUGGGCGCCCCACCGCACAAUGACCUGGCGCUGAGUCAGGAGGAGGAGCUGAUGUCGCUGCAGAUGAAGCAGCAGAGGGUGGAGCUGGAGCACGGGACGCCCCUCCCCUCCCGAGCCGUCCAUGGCGACCUGGAACCCCUGCGGCCUCCCGUGUGCCCGCCCGACUACACGCUGGCGCUGAGGCGGGCACCGGAGGACGUGCCACUGAUGACCGCCAACACUAUCACCAUGAUCCCCAGUACCAUUAGCAGCAUCCAGCCACUCCACCCCUUUAACACUUAUCCCCCCGUCCCAGCCCCUUCGUCUACACCUGUCCCCAGCCACAGCAACAAUGCCCUGCCUCACCAACACUCUACUACUCGCGUAUAGGACCAGGCACAAGCGCUGCUACUCCUUUGGGCUCUGCAAGACGCACCACACAAACUGCUCCAUUCCAACCUUCACCUUUCACCAAACCUCUAUUCUUCUUUAUUGUCUGUCUCUACAUCUUCCUCAUCAAGCCCUCAGACAAAGCUGCAGUUUGUAAGAUUUGAAGCAGUGAAAUACCUCGAAGCUAUAAUCACCACUCAAUGGGGACUAGAUUGAAAAAGCUCCUUUGGCAUCACGCUCAUUCGUGUUAUAGCUCGAUGGAUAUUUGGUGCUUAGGAAAGGUCACCAGUCAUGCCGCUUUAGGCUCGUAGCUCCCUCAAAGAGGUGUCAUAAUCAGUCAGACAUUUAACGUGCAGUUCAGUAGUUUGGCGCAUGUGUUUUUUUGGGGGGCGGAGGGGGUUUUGUUUUGUUUUUUUCAUGUGAGUAUUGAGCUAUGUUUAACAAAGAGUACAAACACACAUUGUCAUUCAUUUAGGCAGAAGACGAUACAGUAGCAAACAGCUUCUUGCAAAGACAGCAUAUGUCCCAGCAAGCUGUCUGUCAUAAAGCGCUGGUUUCUUGAAGCUUACAAAUUGCAGCUUUAUAGACCCAAUCUGGAAUGGGGAUUUGGCACCCAGUACAGAGCACUGUGCUCCAAGCAGCUGUCUCCGCAUUGUGAUGUUAGAGAUUAUUGUAUAGUUUAAAAUGUACCGGUGAGACUGGUAAUAGAGCUAAUGUUUGACAGCUACACAUGACAAAAUCAGUUUUAGAUUAAUUUACAAUAAUUACAGAAGCUUUGAAAAGGGUUCAUAUAUCUCGAAGCGGUUCAAGUUUUUGUAACGGUGCAACCGCAAGUUUCACUGUAUUCUGCCGUGGUUUCGAUUUGAUAGACCGCCGCAAAGUAGAGCCUAGUGGUGGGCAGAAGGGAGAAAAACACAUGGUUUUCCAAACUGUUUAUGAAUAAAUCUAAAAAGUGUGUCGUGCAUUUUUUAUUCAGCCACUCCAAUCCUUUUGGGGAGUCCUUCUAGAUUAGUUUUCAAGUGAAUUUCAAGCUCUUCUUCUUUGUGAAAUAGUUCAAUCUCAGUCGGAAAAGAUGAAUCCGUGAGAAUGAAUUUUCAUGUCUUGCCACAGAUUCCAAAUGGAAUGAAUCCUCUCUUUUCUAUUAUAUUUUUUUGAAUUAUUGCACCACAGUAUUUGCUGCAGAGCUACUAAACAAGCUCGUAGAGGUCCGGCUUACCAAUUUUGCGAAUGCGCCAUUUUUAUUUCUCGGAUUGAUUUUGUAGUCUAAGUUGAAGGAUGUCACAGCUACAAGUAGAAAAAUAUUUGGUUGCUUAUUACAGCGACACCCCAGAAAACUACAAAAAUGGCCGAACGGGGUGAAAUUGAACGCUCCUCGACCUGAAAGGGGCCUGGGUGCAAAGUUCCUCCUUUAGAUUUAAAGAGACAGCACCAAAACGAGUUUUUCUCAGAUGUACCUCAGCACAGGCGUAAAAAGGGGAACCUGGGGGUAAAUUAAUAAGGGGUUCAAACCAAAGCAUUGCACUUCUACUUUAUCUAGACCACAACUGACUGAUUUCUAUGUGAAAAGGACGAAAUGAAAAGCAUGACCUGUGCCCUUUAAAGGGUGCAAAAAAUGUCAGAUUUUUUUAUUGUAAAAAGUUCCCUUCCAAAGACCCCAAUGAAGCACAUUGAUGUUUGCGGUUGUGACAAAAUGUGGAAAUACUUCUGCAAGUACUGUUUAACCUUGAAUGCCAUAAAAACAGUGAAAUAUGUCUGGUUUUGUGGUUUUGUUUGUGGGGGAUGCCACUGUCCAAACAUUUCCAGAUUGGGGCUUGAGCUUUCGAGCCAUGCUGAAAGUAAGUGAAUUCCAAUAGGCAGUAUGGUGCCCUGGAAACCAGGCUGCCCAUAAGACCUCACUGCAUCCACGUCUCCCAGACUCUGCUCACAUUCAUUAUUUUAUUUGUUUCUCCCACGUUAUCUCUCUGUCUCUAUCAUCCACUUCAGCUCAUUUAACUGCUUCUAUCCUCUCGCCGGCAUCACAUCCCCCCUCCCCCUUCCCAAGCAUCCUCUCUUGUAGCUCUUCUUAUUAAACAACAUCGACACGAUCCAUUUUUUGUGUCCUCCUUCUCUCAAUCACUUCUAGACUCUCUUUUCCUUUUAGAGUCUUUUAUACAAAAAAAAAAACACAAAUGUAAAUGAUGUAUUAUUAAUAAAUUGUAAGGAUAUGAAUGAAAAAAAAAAGAUAUUCUGAUAUCUCGUUUUUACCAGCAUUCUUGGUGCCAAGUACUGUGACAAAGUUCCUCUUUGGCCGGCGUCCGGUGGACCGCUUGCCAAAGUCUGUCCUGACUGUAUCUCAUGAAAAAAAAAAGGAGUUCCCAUCAAAAGAAAGUGCCAACCCCUUUAUCUUUCAUUUGGAACCACACACCCUUUGUGUUUAUUUACGCUCAAUGUUGCACUGUGGCUGGUCUCUUCUAUAAAGGGAAAUCAGAUUCAAUAUAUCCUCAUUUAGAAGAGAAAAAAAAAGUUUUAUUACCUACUUUGCUGUGUGGGAUAGUUGCAUGGUUUUCUUUUUCAGUUAGUUGCAAGUGUGUGGAUAGAGUUUUUCAUUUCAAUAAUUUCGAAUGCCUUGUUUGUUUUUUUUUUUUUUCCAUUGAGUUGUUUUUAUUUUGGAAAUAUUUUGUUUUCUACUUUAAUAUCAGCUGCACUUUGUGGUACUUCAGAAAGUAUUAAAGAGAUAAAUAUUUGUGUAAAGCUAUGAUUAUAACAAAGAGAGUAAAUAUUUCCUCUUUAUUUUUUUUUCUUCAUUUACUAAUACCGCGGCUGUGCCACAAGACUACCAGAGACUGAUGAAAACCUUUUUUUUUUUUAUUACCCAGUUUUUUUUUUUCUCUCUCUCUUUUACAACUGUCAAGUUUGCACAGUCACUGUCUCUCGAUCUCAUCUGAGGAAAGCACUUUUUACGUUACGAACGAAAAAAACAAGGACAUGACUUCAUUACGUGAGUAAUCUAAGCUAGAUCCAUGUGUGUGACUGACAUUAACUCAAUGCCUCGUGUAUUUGAGGACCGCUCAAUUGUUACGUUUUUCUUUCAGCUCUUUUGUUGUCUAUUGGUUUUCGCUUCGGCACGGCGGGUGAAAAGAAAAUAUAUAUUUAUGGUAAAAAAAAAAAAGAUGAGUCAGCCUUGUAUGAUCGUGUCACUUGUUUCGCACAACUGAACACAAGGACGGGUCGUAUUCUGGACAAUAAUGGGGGUGGGGGGGGGGGAGAGAAAAACUUUUACAUUAGGACUACACUGGGGAAGCAGUGAUUCACUUGUGAGGACGAUGAAACAGUCUGUGUGAUCUGUCAUUGCACAGAGAAUGCAUUGGGGUGGGGGUAGGAGGGGGAGUAGACCCCCUGAUUAAACAAGAUGUUACUCACACCAUGUACCACAAAGAGCGAGGCGUCUGGGAUUAGUACCUGUCCCGUCUGCGACGCCCUGCGACCGAUGUUCUUAGGACGACGAUGCUCCCGGGUCCAGACUGCCAUCCCUCACGUUGGGCUGGAGCGAACUGGGAGGACGGAGAAAAAAAACAACAACAACAACAAACAAAAAAAAAAACAACAACGACACCACAGAGACCCACAAACUGAACUUUUUAUUUUUUAUUUUUAAGUGUACGCGAACAAACUGGAAUUUGUAAAUAUUAUGUUUGUUGUUUGGUUUCGAGUGAUUGGCCAGAUCUUUUCUUUUGAGACAACAGGUGCAAGUUUAGAUGACUUCCGAGGUUUUAACGCUCGUGCGCACGGCCGAUUUGAUCCUCGCCUAUUUACAAUGCCCUGCGAAGGUAUUCUAGGUCCUAGCCCCUAUAGCUGUUGUCACGUGGCAGCCACAAUUUUCCAUGUAGCUCAAUAGGCUCUAAUACGACACACAAACUAUAAUUGUGAGGUAUACGGAAAGCGUUACAUGAUUUACGUUUUUUAUACAUGAUUUAAAAUUGUAAUUCUUUUGUUAAUACUUGAAUAUCCUUUGAGCUAAACAACUAGCUUGGGGUCUUUGAUAUAAGUUGAAACUUGACCCCGGCCUCUUGUCGACUGCAGCCUCAAGCAGGUUUUCUUUCAGGAUUAGUAGAGAGUUGCUUGCACUGGGUUUUAUUUGAGGGUAUCAGAGUAAAGGCUGGAUGCCAAAACUUGGUCCAUCUUUCCCAGUUUGGGUAUUUGUUUGUUUGAAAAAAAAUUUUUCUGAAACCAUUAAUCCAUUUUUACCAGUUUACAAUUUAUGCACUACAUUAUGUUGUUCCAUACAUCCCGAUGAAAUGUUUUGAAGUUUGUGGUUGUAAUGUAACAAAACGUGAAGACGUCCAUAAUGACUUUCGCAGGGCACUGUAAUUGAGCUCAAGGUCAAAUCUUCUAAGGUACUGGGCACAUGAGUUCAUCUAUCAGCAUACAUGAAUGAUUAAAUAAAAAAAAAAUAGAUCAAAAGCAUGGUUGAGGUAAACAAAGAGAAAAGGGAAUGCUUCUGGCUUCGAGUAGCCUAGAUCUUGUGAUUAUCUACGGUCGUCUAAAGCAUACUGUGCACACUUGGCACCGUCCCAUAAAUCAUAAAAGGCAGCUUUUGAAUGAGAUGAGUUCUCUCAUUGGUGAAGAAGCCAAAGAACAGCUGCAGAGAACAGAUGAAGGAAGUGGAAACAGGAAGAAUUUGAGUAAUGAGACAGAAAGAAAAGAAAAAAAAACAACAGAUUUUGUUACAAAUUGGUUCAAAGCAAGCCGUAAAUCAAGGAACUCAAUAUGUGGAUGCUAGUGUACUUGAUCGUUAUUGUCUCACAUUGUCUUGAGCAUACGGUAUAUACCCACGUUAACUGGCAGGUUGUGAAAUCCUUUGUACUCUUUUGGUCUUAUUUCAAACUAUACUCAUAGUGGUCGUUUUGCUAACUUUUUGCCAUUUUUGUCCGCACAUCCGGUUAACGGGAUUGUUGACCCAGCUGUUUGGUGUGAGUUUCAGUUUCCAGCGCUUCAAAAGUUAACAUGGCGGAAUAGUUUUUUUUUUCCCCUUUACCUCUCUUUUGGAAACAAGGGUUUUAAACCAGCCAACGGAAAAAUGGAAGCACACUCACCAAGUCUACAUGUUUACACUACGGUUCCGAUGUUGGCUUUACGACUGGAGUUGCACACAAUGAAAUAUCCUACUCUCAAAAACGUUUGAUGCCAGAUGUUACAGUGAAGGCUUGCACCUGUUUGUCUGUUUCAUUUAGUCUGAUUCAGUAACCUGCUUGGGGCGCAAAAUACACCGAGGGAGCAUAUUUGACUAUAAGGGGAGAAUUUAAGUUAAUAUUUCUAUUUCAAAUAGAGGCUAUUACACACUGUAUGUUGUGUAUCUGAACUGGAAAACAUUAAAAGACAUUCUUAAACAAA